GUUUCUUUUUAUUAUUAAUAUUUUCACGGAUAAUUAUGGAUUAUACCUCACAUACAAUAACAGCACACCAAUCAGUUGACGACAGGAUAAAGAAUGAUUCAGAAACAGAAGCUCGACACUUUGACAUACGAUUCUCACGAUUAAAGCGACGAAAACCAGUGAUUGAUCCAACAAAAAUAGGCAUUACUUACCGACCACGACGUAAUCGACAGCGCGAAUCACAGGCAGGAAGUAGUGAUCUAUCCGUGAUCUCUUACAAUAGUAACUCUACAUUUGGCCGUUUUGAUCAACAUACCCAAGAGGCUCCAAUAUUCCAAGAAAACAACGGUACACCAACUAGUCAGCGACAAGGAUUCGAUAUCAAACCCAUCACUCACAACGCAGAUUUAUGGACACGACCUUUAUCAGUUGCCCCUUCGCCAUCAAGACAACAACAACAGCAACAACAACAACAACAACCUAUUGCUACAGCACUGUCAAGCCUGGUAGAGACAACGUUAUCAGAGGAUCAUAUAGAAGUGGACGCGGUGCCAGCUAAAACAUUAGAUAAACAAUCGUAUCCGAUAUAUAACAAGAAAAGAAGAGUCUCAUCGUCAUCAAGCGGUUUCUCCGGUAUUCUCUCAAAUUCGCCAUCACCUAUUCUGUCGCACACUCCAAGUCCUAACUAUGCUAGCGAUAUCGAAGACAAUAUACAUCCGGAUGAUAAAGAGUCUCACGCACCAGUGGAGGUCAAAAAUUCAUAUGAAAAUAGAUGGUUCAUGCCUGAUGUGUUUAUACCAAAGAAACCAGAAAAACCAGAACACGAUAGGGAUAAUAUAAGCCAUUGGACUUCAAGGAUCAUGAAUAAAUAUAUGAACACAAAGACAAUAGAAGACCUCGUAGAAACAUCAACGACGACAAAAUCACAAAAAAGGAACGACGAUGCAUCACUUAAAGAACAACAAGUACUUGGCUUAGAAUCAACAAGCAACCUUGCCCUUGAUACUAUAAAUCAUCCAUUCGAUACAUCACCUUCCUCCAAUGACAAUGAUAAUACUCAAGAGACAGCACAUAAAUCACCAAUAGUUCCGAAUGACGAAAUAGAUGACAAACUAUACGAACAAUAUGAUGACUUGGAAGCAGCAUUUAUAUCACAUAGUGAACCGAGCUCGGCAAAAGGAAAAGAAAGGAUGGUUCACAAUGAAACAAUUUCUUCGCCUACUAUCGAUAAAGGAGUACCUUCUCCCAUAGAUGAACAUCAGUCUAAUUUGUCAAUCAACAACGAAAUCAUAUCAUCAUCACCAUCACCUAUUCAGCAAGAUUUAUCAAUUAAUGAAGCUCAGCAAACCAUGGACAUAGGUUCUCCUAGUUGGUCAUUUGAUCAACCAUACGCCUCACCUUCUCACGAUAGUAAUUCUAAUCAAGAUGGAAGGACCAAUCAGAAACGAAUUGACCCUGAGGCGAAUUUUGCGGCACGAAUGAUAGCUGAACGGAAUUCAACAGAAAGGAACUCUAAAUUGUAUGGCAUUGUUGCUUCCAAUACUGCCAAAUGUGUGUUUGCUUCCGGAUUACCAAGCGGAAUGAAAAUGACUGUUGAUACUCAGAAAGCCAUUGAAGAAGCAACGGAUUAUUAUUUUACACAGUUAUGUGAUGACUUGAAAGCGUAUGCUGACCAUACUGGAACUAUCAAAAUAAGUAAAAGAGAAAUGGAUUUAUUGAUGACAAGACAGCGACUAGUGACGGAAAAUACAAGUUUGAAUGAACUGGCCCAUCGACAUUUACCACGAGAUUUUUGGGAUGAACAAUGUGUAUCUGCUUUAGCUUACAAUUAUUUGUACCCUAGAAAUAGAUGAUAGAAUGAAUCGGAAAAAUAUGAAUGAUAAUAUAAAAAAAAAUGUUUAUUUUAUUUU